AAAUACAUUGGAAAAAUGAUUGCAUAUAUUAUAUCAUCAUAUUAAAAUAUAGUCAAUAUGUGUUAUAAACUUGUUUGCAAUAAUUUACAAUUGGAAGGUACGAAUUAUAGUGUAAUCGUUUGUUAACAGUGAUCACUUAUUUUUUGCAGUUAGUGUGUGACAAAUGAUUUUAUAAUAUUUUUUAUAAAUAAAUUAUUGACAUAAACAAAACUAAUCAAAAACAUAUAAAUGGCAUGACUAAUUUGAUAUUUGGAAUUGGUAUUGGAUUAUUUCUUAUUUUAAUUCUAUGGGCUUUGGCCCUACUAGUAUUUAUUAUUUCUUUAAGAAUUGAAAAGAAAAUUGGUACUGUUGCUAUAAUUAUAGUUAGUAUAUGCACAAUUGUUUUAAUUACAUUGCCCAGGGAAUCAGAGAAAUCUAAUACCAUUGAUAAGAAGAUAUAUGAUCAUUUAUUCAUUUGGCGUAUUCUAUUACUGGUAUUAUUAAUAAUAUCAUCUAUAGUUGGUUUAGUGGGAUAUGUGAAGUUUGGGAUAGCAGAAUCUAUCAGACCAAUUCGAAUAACUAAUUGGGUUUUUUAAAAACUUAUAAAUUUGCUACUAAACCAGUAGUAUUUCUUACUAAUUAUGUAAAAUUGGAAAAGACUGGCCUACUAACUUUAGCCUAAUUUUUUAUGUUUAGUAUCGUUGUUUACUUUGUAAUAUAACAAUAUUUAAAAAAUUAUAAAAUGUUACGUAGUACUACUAAACUCUCAUCAGUUCUGGUGAGAUCUGUUUCUUCAUCAUGCCAGAAGAAAAAACAAUUUGAAAUAAAUAACAAUAGUGAAUUUGUUAGUAAGGUAAUGAACAGUUCAGUACCAGUUAUUGUGAAUUUUCAUGCUGAAUGGUGUGAUCCUUGUAAAAUAUUAACGCCUAAAUUAAUUGAACUCAUAGGCCCAAUGGAUAAACUUGAUCUUGCUAUUGUAAAUUUAGAAUCAAAUCCGGAAUUAGUACAUAUUUUUGAAGUAAAAGCCGUACCAGCUAUCAUAGCAAUUUCAAGCGGAUUAGUAGUUGAUAAAUUUGUAGGUUUAACUGAUUUAGAUAUCAUAGAAAAUUUAAUACAAAAGCUUACUAAUGCACCUGUAGAUUCUGAAAAUGAUAAAGAAAAAAUUUAACAUGCAUCUUAUCAUAUGUAUAAAAUUAUUAAAAUAAAUAAUCAAAUAUA